AUUGUUCCAUUUUUUUUAAUCAGCUACUUUACAAAUUGGGAAUAUCUUACCAGUUGGUGCUAUGCCUGAAGGAACUAUCAUAUGUAAUAUCGAGGAAAAAUCUGGUGAUCGUGGUAAAUUAGCCCGUGCAUCUGGCGAUUAUGCAACUGUUGUUUCACAUAACAGAGACACUAGAGUUACAAGGAUAAAGCUUCCAUCUGGCAUAAAAAAAGCAGUUCCUUCUUUUAACCGAGCCAGUGUUGGCAUUGUUGCUGGCGGUGGACGUAUUGACAAACCAUUAUUAAAAGCAGGUCGUGCAUAUCACAAAUACAAAGUUAAGCGCAAUUGCUGGCCUAAAGUUCGUGGUGUUGCUAUGAACCCUGUUGAGCAUCCUCAUGGUGGUGGUAAUCAUCAACAUAUUGGUUUCCCUUCAACAGUUAGACGUGAUACCUCAGCUGGUCGUAAAGUUGGUCUCAUCGCUGCUCGGCGUACCGGUAGGAUUCGAGGUACUGCUAAAGUCAGAGAUACUGAAAAAGAUUAGCCGACGUGUCGAUAAAGUCCGUUAUUUGAUGACGAAUAAAAUAAAUCCAAAGUUAAAAA